GGAGUGGGAGGUCAGGCGGCCGAGCCGACUGAGGCAGCGGGGCCGCGCACUGGGCCUCGGCGCGGCGCCGGCGACGGCGGCGCGCGGGCCGCCGGGAAGUUAGGAGGGCGUCGAGCGGGAACGCGCACGCGCGCGCACGCGGGGGCGGGCCGCGCGCAGCCGCGGCCGCUGGGGUUGCCUCCCUCAACUGCGGUCGCGGGCGCUCGCGACUCCGCGCCUCAGGAGGGAGCGGCCGGAGGGCCCGCAUCCUGUCCGUGGGGUUCGAGGCUGGGCUGCCGCGGCCGCCUCCUUCUGGUGCCUGGGCCGCCCUGAGGAGCCGGGCCGGGGCACGGCUGACUGACCGGCCCCGGGGAGCCGAGACCGCUGGAGGCGAAGGCGGAGGCGCACGUCUGGCGGUCUCCUGGACCGGGAGGAGGCCGAGGGGACCAUGUCCGGGAGGAACCUCCACCUCUCCACCACCGAACGCGUCAUCAAAGCUGUCCCUUUUCCUCCAACACAGCGGCUUACUUUGAAGGAAGUAUUUGAGAAUGGGAAACCUAAAAUUGAUGUUUUGAAAAACCAUUUGGUGAAGGAAGGGCGACUGGAAGAGGAAGUAGCCUUAAAGAUAAUCAAUGAUGGGGCUGCCAUCCUGAGACAAGAGAAGACUAUGAUAGAAGUAGAUGCUCCAAUCACAGGUCUGUUUUUUUUCCUAGUAUGUGGUGACAUUCAUGGACAGUUUUUUGACCUGAUGAAGUUGUUUGAAGUUGGAGGAUCACCUAGUAAUACACGCUACCUCUUUCUGGGUGACUAUGUGGACAGAGGCUAUUUCAGUAUAGAGUGUGUGCUGUUUUUAUGGAGUUUAAAGAUUAAUCAUCCCAAAACAUUGUUUCUGCUUCGAGGAAAUCAUGAAUGCAGGCAUCUUACAGAAUAUUUCACCUUCAAACAGGAAUGUCGAAUCAAAUAUUCUGAACAGGUGUAUGAUGCGUGUAUGGAAACAUUUGACUGUCUGCCUCUUGCUGCCCUCUUAAACCAGCAGUUUCUGUGUGUACAUGGAGGAAUGUCACCUGAAAUUACUUGUUUAGAUGACAUUCGGAAAUUAGACAGGUUUAAAGAACCUCCAGCCUUUGGGCCAGUGUGUGACCUGCUUUGGUCUGAUCCCUCAGAGGAUUAUGGCAAUGAAAAGACCUUGGAACACUAUACCCACAACACGGUCCGAGGGUGCUCUUAUUUUUACAGUUACCCUGCAGUUUGUGAAUUUUUGCAGAACAAUAAUCUGUUAUCAAUAAUCAGAGCCCAUGAAGCCCAAGAUGCUGGGUAUCGAAUGUACAGGAAGAGCCAAACGACAGGCUUUCCAUCACUCAUUACUAUUUUCUCUGCCCCCAAUUACCUAGAUGUCUAUAACAAUAAAGCUGCUGUGUUAAAAUAUGAAAACAAUGUCAUGAAUAUCAGGCAGUUUAACUGUUCUCCACACCCAUACUGGCUUCCAAACUUUAUGGAUGUUUUCACGUGGUCUUUGCCUUUUGUUGGGGAAAAAGUCACAGAGAUGCUGGUUAACAUUCUCAACAUAUGCUCUGAUGAUGAAUUGAUUUCCGAUGAUGAAAUUGAAGAUCACUACAUUUCAAGCUAUCAGAAAGGAGGCACUACAGUUCGAAAGGAGAUCAUCAAGAAUAAAAUCAGAGCCAUUGGGAAGAUGGCACGGGUCUUUUCAAUUCUUCGGGAAGAGAGUGAGAGUGUGCUGACUCUCAAGGGCCUGACUCCUACAGGUACACUCCCUUUGGGUGUACUCUCAGGAGGAAAGCAGACUAUUGAGACAGCCACAGUAGAAGCGGUAGAGGCCCGGGAAGCCAUCAGAGGGUUUUCGCUUCAGCACAGGAUCCGGAGUUUUGAAGAAGCCCGAGGUCUGGACCGAAUUAAUGAGCGGAUGCCACCCCGCAAAGAUAGCCAGUACUUUGAUGGGCCGGUGAAAUUAGUCCAACCAAACGCUGCGCACAGGAGUGACAAGGGGAGAAGAGCCAGUAAUGACUCAGAGCCCUGCUGUGGCACAGGUGGAUCCAAGACUUAACAAUCAAUUUUAUUUAUUUAUUAUUGGAAAACAAAACAAAAACAACUGAAACAACUUAAACCUGGAGGUGCAUUCAUAAUACACUCUGCAUUUACUCUGUAAGAAAGGUGACCAUUUUAUAAAUUCUUUUAAUUUAUGUUUAAUAUAUACAUAAAAAGUGAAUGUGUUUUGUUUUUCCUUUUUUUCCCCCCCCUAAUUUUUAGGAACUGAUCUGAUUGUCUGAUACAUAGUGAAGUCUUGUGCUAUAAAGGGGACCUUCCCCCUAAUAAAAGGGCCUUGGAAACCUCUACCCUGGGUUUCUGACUUGAACUAGCCAGCCUUUUCUCUUGUUUUUGGAGGGUAAUAUCUUUAAUUUCAGACUAAUCAUUUUUCAAACACAAAAGGGUUUUUUCUUUUCUUUUUUUUUUUUCCUUUCUACAGGGUACCAUUGAAGAUCUCUUAGAUUUCAGUGGCUAAAACUUCUCUUCUUAUGGAAAACUUGAUUAUAGUAGAACUCCUAAGUGAAUAACCCAAACCCAGUGAUUUUAAGGGCCAAGGGAAAUGUUUUCCAUGAUAACCUACUUUCUUCUGGACUCUCAAUUACUCAAUGUAUUCUAGUAUGGCGAAAUAAAAAAUAAUGAGGGAUUUUCGUAGAAUUACUUAAAAUUUGUUCAUCUAACCGUGGGCAUGAUUGGUUUAAACUUCCCUUAGAACUUUGGAGGUUUCUUAACUGUUGCCAGAUCCUUUUGCUUUUUUUUUUUUUUUUUUUUUUUAAUUUUUUGCGGUACGCGGGCCUCUCACUGCUGUGGCCUCUUCCGUUGCGGAGCACAGGCUCCGGACGCGCAGGCUCAGCGGCCAUGGCUCAUGGGCCCAGCCGCUCCGCGGCAUGUGGGAUCUUCCCGGACCGGGGCACGAACCCGUGUCCCCUGCAUCGGCAGGCGGACUCUCAACCACUGCGCCACCAGGGAAGCGCCCUUGCUUUUAUUUUUGAACACUAGGUGAUUUACCCCAUCUGCAAAGGAAGCGACAUUUCUAAAUAUAAAUGCCCUCUGUAGAGCCUUCGAUGGUAAGAAGUGUUUAUGCCCUUCUGUGUUACUGCAUCAGCUCUCACAUCUAUCCUCCCCGUCGUCCAUCUGUUUUGCUGUGUCAGCAUUUUUGAAACCAACGGGGUAAUGGAAACUGACUAGGUUAAAAUGGUCCCCCUGUGAACUGGAAGUCUUGCUAAAGGGCAUUGGAUGAGUGAGGAUUUCCUGUCUAUCAAUUACUGGAAUGUUCCUCCAUGUUUCAGCACUCAUUAUAUUGAACUGUGUGUCGGUCUCUGUCAGCGUAUUUUGGAAUACAAAAACAAGUGAUCAAAUACAAGGUUUGAAUAAUCUUUCCUUAGUUUUUCAAGUCAUAACCAACUAGUGAAGGAAAUUUCAGGGAUCCUUAGGCUCCCAUUUUUGGUUUAGCCUGAUGACAGGUGCCAUGUCAUAAUACUCAUUGGUCAGCCUGUAGUGAAAGUGCAUGUCUGGGCCACACUACAUCAAAGUGCAUAUUUGUGGAAUUCCUUAAUGUCAUUUGGGAUAUAGGAGUCCAGCAUUAAAGCAAGUAUCCCAGACAGUAGUACUUUAUGUUUGGAGCUUCAAGGACACCAGAAACCUCUUUUCAAAAAACAUAAUUUCAGGGAAUUCCCUGGCAGUCCAGUGGUUAGGACUCUAGGCUUUCACUGCUGAGGGCCCAGGUUCAGUCCCUGGUCGGGGAACUAGGAUCCCACAAGCCGUGUGGCACGGUUCAAAACAAAACAUAAUUUCAUUAGAAGAAUGAGGAUUUAGCCCAUCUAUCUCUUUCUCCUAUGCCUUGCUAACAGUUCCCAGUUUGUUUAUGACAGAGAUCAAAGCACUUUGGGGAUUGGAAUCUGGUGGCGUAGUGUAGAGUGCUCUGUUAACAGAAAAGAUAGGAAGGAUAUUGGGGAGGAGAUAAAAGAUCUCUUAUUGGGUUGUGAGUAAAAUCUUUGAAAGAGGAGAGAAAGAGUCUCCAGUAGCUGUCUUUACUGAUCAUCAUUUCUUUAUAAUCAAAGAGGAAUUCAUCACCUGGAUAUCCUCAUACUCCUCCCUCCCCCAAUCCCAAUAGGGAAAGAGCCACUGUUUUGGAAAUCUCACCUAAUGUGACAGUCAGUUCACAGGACAGGUUUGAUAGAUGGGAGUCCCUGAUUCCUUUCUCUUUUCCAUUGAGGCUAUUGUUAUACACACACAGUCCCCAGGUAGAAACCGUGGGCUUCAAUCUUAAGGACUUCAAUCAGCAGGCAAGUAGUGAAAUAGUUACUACAAAUCCUUAUAAGCAAAAAAUAGUAUUAGGAAAAAAAAAAAAAAGACAAUUACUUAGGAAGGUCUUCAUUUUCUUCCCAAAAUGAAGUAGUGCGAUAAAGCAAUUUUCCUUGACAGAGCCAUGUGAAAAGAUGUAUUUUACAGGUAACUUUUGAGCUGUUGAAGGUUCAGCCGGAGUAGAGAGUUAAGUGGUCACGAUUCAAGAAAAUUGGAGGGGGUUUAAAAGAGCGUAGCAGCAGCUCUGGAAGGAAGUUAGGUUUGAAGAUCCUGUUGAAUUCUAAAGGUAAAGGCAUUUCUUAUGUUCUGUAGAAAGCUGGGGUGUGUAUUUCAGCACUUUAGAAAGUUGUGUGGUGAGUGUGUCUGUCUGGUAUAAGUAGCUUUUUUUUUUUUUUUAAUUAAUUUAUUUAUUUUGGCUGCAUUGGGUCUUGGUUGCUGCGCGCGGGCUCUCUCUGGCUGCGGUGAGCAGGGGCUACUCUUCGUUGCGGUGCGCAGGCUUCUCACUGCGGUGGCUUCUCUUGUGGUGGAGCACGGGCUCUAGGUGCGCGGGCUUCAGUAUUUGUGGCACGCAGGCUCAGUAGCUGUGGCACGCGGGCUCUAGAGCGCAGGCUCAGUAGUUGUGGCUCACGGGCUUAGUUGCUCCACGUCAUGUGGGAUCUUCCCGGACCAGGGCUCAAACACGUGUCCCCUGUAUUGGCAGGCAGAUUCUUAUCCACUGCACCACCAGGGAAGUCCUACAAGUAGCUUCUUAAAGCCAGACCAGCAGGCAGUGCACCUAUAUAUGCAUUUGUACCUGUGAUUCAAGACAGUUUAGAAGGCAUAAACCGGGGCUUCCCUGGUGGCGCAGUGGUUAAGAAUCCUCCUGCCAAUGCAGGGGACACGCGUUUGAGCCCUGGUCCGGGAAGAUCCCACAUGCCGCGGAGCAACUAAGCCCGUGCACCACAACUACCGAGCCUGCACUCUACAGCCCAUGAGCCACAACUACUGAGCCCACGCGCCACAACGACUGAAGCCUGCGCACCUAGAGCCUGUGCUCCGCAACAAGAGAAGCCACCACAAUGAGAGAAGCCCGCGCACCGCAAUGAAGAGUUGUCCCCGCUUGCUGCAACUAGAGAAAGCCUGUGCGCAGCAACGAAGACCCAACGCAGCCAAAAAUAAAUAAUUAAAAUAGAUAAAUUUUUUUAAAAGGUAAAAAUAAGUAAAUAAUAAUAGAAGGCGUGAACCUUAGGAAUAUAUUGAUAUAACAGCACUUGUUCUUCCCUUUAGACUUCAUUGGAGGGUUUUAACAUAUUUUUUAAUGUUUUAAUCUGAAUAGUAGCUCCCGAGAUGGCUGGUGGCCUGCCCUGAGUUUGCCAUAAAACUGCCUGGGGCCUGAUAGUCUGACUGGGGCCAUCAUUUCAAACAAACAUUUUGACUGCUGUCAGCGCUCUGUGGUGUUGCUGUUUUCAAAGCCUCUUCUGUUUUUACUAAAUCUUCCCCCUUGAAUGUUCUAAAGAUACUAAAAAUACUUUUCUCUUGUUCUCCUUCACUUUAAAGUCCACAGAGACGUUAUUCAACUUCUCUCAUGGGGGUUGGGGGGACGCAUCAGAGGGCUCCUUUGUAAACUUUUCUGAAAUACCAGUUUAGAAAUGGCACUUCCCGAAGACCAGUUUUCCCAAUUUUGUUUACAUCCACGUCAUAUGAAGUUACAAAUUGAUCAGAUGACAGUUCUUGUUAAUAAAAAUUUUAGAACUCAUCUAAUACAAGUUCAAAACAUACAUCUUUUUUUAAUCUCUGUGUUCUGAAUAGUUAGAGAAAAAGUAAAAGAAUAAGCCGCGUGUGUGUGCAUGUGCGUGUGCGUGUGUGUGUGUGAGAGAGAGAGAGAGACGGAAUGCUAAAACAAAAGCAGCCUGUUUUCUUUAAAACCUCGGUAACACUUAGGUUAUGGGUACAGACAUUGCUGAUUCGCUGGCCUUUUUUGACUAGAUAUUGACCAGCAAAGUGAAAAUGGCUUAUGGAUGGGUAUGAUGUGGCUUCUUGCCUAGGGAUAGAAGAAUCAGAGACUCUCCAGGAAUAUCAGUAUUUUUCAUACCCUUUUAUCUAUAUUUAUCUUGCCUUUUCUGUUCCUACAGAACAUUUGCAGUUCCAUGAAUCAAGUUUUUCUCAAUAGCAAAGAUUUGCUUUCUUAUCCUGAUAACAGGAUAACUGACUUCGUGACACUAUUCAGAAUAGGAAAAGGAAAGCUCUUAAUUGUUUUGUAAACAGAUUAUUAUUAUUUAAUGUCAUUAUGGAGCAAGGGUGGGAUUUCUUCAAAUUGGAUAACUUGGGGCCUUGGCAUUGUCCCUUAGAUCCUCUUCUGAGUAAUUUUAAAACACAAAGUUUGGGACUUCCCUGGUGGUCCAGUGGUUAAGACUCCACACUUCCAACACAGGGGACGUGGGUUCGAUCCCUGGUCGGGGAACUAAGAUCCCACAUGCCUUGGGGUGUGGCCAAAAGAUUAAAAAACAAAACAAAACAAAAAACAAAGUUUGAGGCAGCUGCUCUCUGUAAGAAAAAUAUUGCAAACCAUGCCUACAUGAGAUACAGCCAGACUUACUGCUCAUGGUCAUUACUCAAUAGUCCCUCUAGCCUCUUGGAGUAAGUAAGGCUGAAAUCUGUUCCCUCUACCCUCCCUUGUUUUAUGUAAAUAUUGUAGCUGAUCUCCAGAAGUUUUGACUGUACCAUAUCUAUAAAUACAAAACUCAAGCUCUUGAGAGUUACGUUCAUCCUGACCAAUCUGGGUGACCAGUUAGUUAAAAUGGUUUAGGAAGAGCUUGUACCAGAUUGACUGAUUCAUAGUUUUUCUUUGUAUUAAUUUUCAGGUUUUUUCCUCCAGUUUUUGUAUUGAAAAUUACUUUCGUACCCAGAAAGACUUGUUGAGAUAUCAUUCUAGAAUCUCCGAUAUUUAUUAUAGUUGUUAUAGUAACAGUGGAACCCAAGUGUUUUUCAAAGCAUUAUUCAGCUUUCCCUACCCUGGGAGAAAAGACUUCAGAGGGAGCGUGAACCCAGAGCCCCAGUUGUGGGAAUGAGGCUCCAAUUUCCUAAAUCACUUGUGGUUAUAAACAUGGAUACCACCUUGUCUGGCACCCAGGUCCAUUUCUUUUCUGAAAUCUGCUAUAGCAGAGAGUAAAGGGCAGUCUAGGGAGCCCAACAAUAGCUGGAGGAGGGUUUGGAUUACCUGGAGGACACCUCCGAAGCAUUGUAAUGCCACAGUCCCUCUUCAGCACUGCUGUGAUCAAACACUCAAAGGAAAGCCAUAAGAAAGGGCAGACGCGCAUAGAGCAAGCAAGUUGUGUAGUCGAAAAACGUGGUUGUUACUCUUAUCUUGAGUCCAGCAGAGAACUGUAUUCACAGUAGAGCUUUGUGCCACUGAUAGAGUGUGAAAGAGGAAACCUAUAUUACUUUGAGACUUGUGACCUGACCUGCCUAUGUCUAGCCAGCCAAAGUGAAUGGGGUCAGGGUUAGCUGCCUUCAUCUAUGCAGUCACAAAGGUAAAGAUGAUACUGGAGACUAUAUUCCCUCCCGGGAGGCCGUGGCCUCACGCCCCAUCAACCUUGGCAAGACUUGCUAAAUAACACCUUCGUCCAAGACAGGGUUAUGCAUCUUCUCGUCUUCUACACCCUCAUGACAAGCCGAGGUGGUUUAAGAUCAAGAAGUGAGGAGUGGAUGUGGAUCGUCCCUCUGAGCAGCUCUAAAGGAGGGCCACGUACGCUGCCUUCUUGUAAGUUCUUGCCCAAAUUCCCUUCACUCCCUUAACAUAGCUGUCUCCAAAUAACUUGUGUGUGUGUGUGUGUUCAUGUUAAAGUGAAGUGCAUGUAAUAAGAAGGAGCUCUACUGUACAUUUUGAUUUGUGGCAAUAAAGAUGUGGGUUUUGUCUGUCAAAGAAACUUUUUGAAGAUACCAUCAUGAAUGCCCCACUUUUCCUUUCUCAGUGUACUGUGACCAAUAGCUCUGUUUCCUAACAGAAAUGUCAGCAGGCAUUUUCCAAGAAAGGAUCCUGGUUUUGCUUCCUAAAUGAGGGGGUCAGACACAUGAGACUAGCUAGUGGUGUAAAUUUUUUAAGGCUUUUCUGAAUGAUGAAUUAUUUGCUUGUGCUUAGAGGUUACUGGCUUUUUCUUGUUUCAGUUAUGUUAAGGCAAAUGGUGGAAAUGUUAUUUAUUGGCAGAAAUCAUAAGUCUUUUUUGUGAACAAGAAAUUAAUUUGUUAAAACUUUCUUACUGUACAUUAGAAGUCAUCUUGAAAAAAAGAAGAAAUUAAAUGAUAACUUUAUUGGC